UGUGUCUCAGAUAGACCCUGAAACCUUAAUAAAGGCAGCUUGUCUUCCACAAAGUUCCUCCUCAAGUCUCUCUGUCUUUCUCUCUGUUUUGUUGGGUCCUUGUCCCUCCACUCCAGCCUGCAAACCCAAACUCCCUCCUCCUUCAUUAUUAUAUCUUCCCUAACCAGCAAGCACUUCUCUCUCAGACCCCUCUUUCCCUCUUCCUUUUAUACUGAACCUUCUCUAAGCUUUAAGCUCCUAUGGCUAAGUCACCGGAAGAUCCCAGCUUCUGGCUCCCCUCUGAUUUCCUUGCCAACGACGACGUUCAACUCAUGGACAACAAAGGGCCCAGCUUCCGCAGAACCGCCGCUGUCUCCUUCCCCACCGAGUUUUCGUACGAGUUCGACUCGUCCGGUUCGAACUCGGCCCUGAGCUCGCCGGUGGAGUCCGAUGUGGGCUCCACCGAGACGGAGAGCAGCGACGAGGAGGACUUCCUCGCCGGGUUAACUCGCCGCCUGGCUCAGUCCUCGCUCAGCCAGACUCAGAAGCUCUCCGUCCCCAGCUUCGCUAAUGAAAAGCAGCCCGAGUGGGUCAUGUCCGGGUCACCUCAGUCGACUCUGAGCGGAAUCGGGAGCUGGUCUUGCAACGGAAGCCCGGCGGGUCCUUCUUCCCAGGUGCCGUCUCCUCCAACGACGCCGUUUGGGGGUCAAAACGACACCUGGGAUCUGAUUUACGCCGCCGCCGGACAAGUGGCGAGGUUGAAGAUGAACAGUGUUGAAGGAGCAGCCAAGUUGAGUAACAACAACAGCAACGGCAGAGGGCUUCUGGGCCCACCUCGGAGCCCAAGUCCGUCUCUUCCUUGCGUCCAAAACCAAAGCCCCUUCACCCAGUUUCAGCAAGUGAGACAAGACCAAGUACUACAGUCACAGUGCUCUGCUGCUCCUUGGGGAAAACCAGUGAAGCUUAACUGGUCAGCUCAGCAACAACAGCAGCAGCAACAGAUCCAAAACAGAGGAAGAAACAUUGGUGUGUAUGAAAGUGGAAGAUGUGCACAUGGUGUGAGUUUGCCCCAAUCUCAAAAUGCAUGGCCUCCUCUUCAAGCUCAACACCAAAACCAACAACACCCACAUCGCAAUACCCGACCCGUUUUGCCUAAUGGGUCUAAUGUCAAGAGGGAGUCUACCGGCACCGGCGUCUUCUUGCCUCGCAGAUACUCCAACCCCAAUCCCACUCCUGAGCCACCUCGCAAAAGAGCAGGAUGCCCUACUGUUUUGCUCCCAGCCAAGGUGGUUCAAGCUCUGAACUUGAGCUUUGAGGACAUUAAUGGUCAUCAUCAGCAACACCAUCUUCAGCCACGUUUCAACAAUACUGCUUUGGCUCCAAACCAUGAGGCUCUGGUGGCAAGAAGAAACGCGCUAUUGACUCAGCAAAGAAGGGGUUUAAGGCAAGAUGGGCCACUAAACUAUGAAGUGCGCUUGCCUCAGGAAUGGACCUACUGAUCUGACCUGACCGUUCUAUUCUGGUUAAUAGUCGCAUUCCAUUCCAAGGGGGUUUUGUGACUUUGGCUUGUUGGGCAAGAGCAAAAGCAAGUGUUAUAAAAAGGAGUAGUAGUAGUAGUAGUAGUAGGAGCAGCAGAGUUUGUGAUAUUUGGGUUUUAUUUAUUUAUUAUAGUGAAGGAAAUUCAAGAAUGUUUGAGCUUAGUUUAGGAUCAAUAAAGAUGAUGAUAUCCAGGAUUUUUAUUGGAGGAUGUUGCAGCAGCUUCUGUGGGGGGCUCUCUAUAGCUUUUAGAUCAAGGAAGAAGAAGAAUGUGUUGUAAUAAAUGGCCUAGGUUUUUCGUCAGAGGGUAAAUCAAAUUUCUUGUUGUGUUGCAAGUGAUAUUUCACAGCCCUCUUGUAAGAUUAUUCUACUAAUAAGAAAAGUUUUAGUAUUGAUUUGUCA